UGUAGUUAUAUUUAAAAUUUUAUUGAAACUUAUCGAAAAAAUCUUCUUUUCGUUAAAAAUAAACUCAAAUACUCAUAAUUGUACGAAAUGGUUGUGUAAGUAGAUAAACGAGUCACAUCGCCUUUUGUGAAGAUCCGGUUUCUUUUACAUUUGAACUACUAGACGUGUACUACGUGUCAUUUAUAACUUAACUGUAAUUGUGAUAAUUUGUUUGUUUGGUAAAGUUUAAAUAACAAAUAAUGAAUAAAUGAAUCUUAAGUGUUUAUACCCAUAUCAUCUUAGACAAAUACAAAAAUUUUAUAAGAUUACUGGUAAACAUUAACAACAACGCUGAAUCAGGUAUUCAAAAUUUCAUAUAUAAAAUUUUCAUUAAUCAUGUGUAUCUAAUUUGAUUUGGAAAUAAUUUAUUUUUUUCUACCUUUAGCCUUAUUUUUAUCCUAUUAAUAAAUUGUAACUUUUCAUUGAAACUAUUUUAAACAAAUCAUUUUUUGUUUUGUCGAAAUUUCGAGAAGCGUUAGUGAUAUUCAUUUCUAACACACUGUUUACACUACCACUACACCAACAUCCACAAUUCAUAAGGUUAAGACAUAGGCGUAACAUAAUUAUAAUUCAGUAUAUUUAUCACACUUUUAUUGAGUUAUUCAAGUCUCCUCCAAGGUCAUAAUUCUAGUUAGAAAUACUUAUUAUAACUCGUUUUAUGAAUCCAUAUAAAAAAUUGAAAGCAAAAUCAUGGAUUUGCAAAAAACGAUUAUUUAAAAAAUUUCGAAAAUUGGAAAAUUAUUUGGUGUGAAAAAAAAUUAUGGUAAGUUUGUUAAAAGCAAAAACUCACUGUUAAUAAAUAUGAGAAUAUAUAAAAUUAUGACAAACUAUGGAAUAAUUGAUAGUCUUUAGAGAAAAACAGUCAAGACAGAAAAUAAAACAUAAGUACUUUAUAUCCCUUGUAAAUAAUGCUUUUGAUAUUAUGAAUUAUCAUCAAAUAAGUUAUUUCAAUUAGAGAGACGAAAAAUACGAUGCUCCACGACAUUAUUCCAUCAGAAAAGCAUAAUAUUCUUUUAUUAUAAAUAGUUUUUGAAAUUUUUUCAACAUUACAUUCAGUUUUAUUUGUAAAAAUAAAUUUAGUGCAAAUUAUAUUGAAAAAACAUUGAUUUUAUUAUAUUUACAAUAAAUGUUUUUCGGAAUUCUAUUCAUAUUUCAAUUAUUUGCUAUUAAAUAAUUUUUAUAUAGCACGCCUAUGGUAAAGCGGAUAUCACCGUCCGCCAUAUGCAAUAACCAUCUUGGGCAUCAAACUUUUGUUUAUUCCUUUUAACUCUUAAUUCAAUGCGUGUGCGUGAUGAAAUUGAAAAAACUAAGAAUAACGAAAUCAAAAAAUACUAAAUAAACUUUUGUGUUAUAUAAGAUUUAAUUAUCCAUUUAUAUGAUUUUAAUAAAUCCCAGUUAUUGUCGACAUGCAUAGUAGUCUUUGAGUAAUGUAUAACAAUGUAAACAAAAGAAGUAACAAAUGGCCGCUACCUGUCAAAGUUAUUCUCAGCAUUUAGUGCCAGUAUAGUUUCAUACUUUGUUAAGGUGUGUGAAAGUGUAAAAAUGUCUAAAUUUGAGAAUAUACACGAUUUUGAAUCGUUCCUCGAGAUGUGUACCCACGCAGUACAGGAAGGGUCGAUGGAAAAAAGGCACGAGCCGAAAUCCGUUUACGAAAAAUUGUAUAAUUACGUAAAGAAUCAAGAGGAUGAGAUACAGCAAAAGAAAGAAUCUUUGCGAGAAUUGCAAUUAGCAGAAAAUAGAUUAUUUCAAAAAAUUAAUAACGCCUAUCAAAACGUCUAUGGUGUAAUUGAACAGAUCAAGAAUUUACAAGACACCAUAAAAACGAACGCGACAGAAUAUUCACAAAACUACGAUGAAUAUAAUAAGCAGACGACUAAACUUCAAGAAGAACUGCAAAAUCUCACUUCUAAAUUGGAAGAAAAUUCGUUAUCUGAUCAAAUUCGUGAGGUAUUGAAAGAAAUAGAAUCAUCCCAGGAAAAGGAAAGAGAAUUGGAAGAAGAAAUAAAAAUGAUUCUUUCUAAUCGGCGUACUGAUUUUUAUCAGCCAUCGGCUGUAAUACGAACGAUGAUUGAGGAAUUACGUGAGAUCGAUGAUAUUGAUCAAAUCACCAAUAUGAUAUCAGAAAAAGAGAAGGAUGUAAAAUACCUAAAAAAGCACAUAGAACAAAGAAAUAUGUACUAGAAUGAAAUUUGAACGUACCUACUAAUUGUU